AUGGUUCGUUCGCAUAUGUUUAAAUUUGAAAAUUUGAAAAAUUUAGGUAUCCGAUAUUGAUCCAGAAACAUCCAAAAAUCACUUGGAAAAUGGUGAAAAUGGCACGAAAUACGAGAAAAAGCCGAAUAUUAUCGAAAAAUCCUUCACAAGUGAGUUUACUUUCAAAUUUUCUACAUAAAACUUCAAAUUUCAGCAACGAUCAACAGUUUUUCCAACACAUUUGCUCAGUUGGAACGAAUUUUCGGGUUCCUUGUCAAACCUGUAGUUAUUAUUGGCCUGUUAGUGCUUUAUCAUGGGUUUCUAGGUGAGAAUAUUUUUUCUGACUCAAAAAUUUUUUUUUUCAGUCGCCGCAGGGAUUCACAACUUCCGAAAAGCGGCCCCUUUAAUUUAUAUAACAUUAUUUUUCUGGCUUUGUUUUAUAGUCGUGUUUAUUGUUGAUUCGGAGCUUUUUCAAAGGUUUUAUGCGAGAUUUACGGCGGCAGCAGAGAGGAAACUGUCGCGGCUGCGGUUCGCUUCAGUGUGCGUUUUUUUGAGGACAUUUUGCUUUAAGAAAAUAUUGAUCAAGUAAAAAGUAGAUUUUUUUAAGGCUUUGAAGCUUUUUGAAAAGCAAAAAAAAUCAAGAAGAAUGCCGUAGAACAAAUUUUUCGGGUAAAUGAAACUUUUUUCGAAUCCAAAAUCUAGAAAAAUCGAGUUUUUUGAGCUGACAAAUUAGUUUAAAAUUGUGAUACCUGAGGCUAAAUUUGAGAAAAUUCCCUAGAAAUGGAUUAUUGCAGGUUUUUUUCACUUCACUUGAAAAAAACAUUUUUAUUUUUUUGAAAAAAAUGAUUUUUUUCAAGUUUUUGGAGCACACGAAAUAGCAGAAAUGUUCAAAAAUCGACAUAAAUUUUGAAAAAACAAUUUUUUUUUUCAGUAUCUAUAAUAUUUCUCUACUCAUCGCCGUCAUAGCCUUGCUAAUAAUCGACACGAUUUCCGAUCCUUCAAGAUUACGUGGCCUGGCCGGUUAUGCAUUUUUCCUCGUCAUCAUGUUCCUUUUCUCAAAUAACAAGUUGAAAGUAAAACUUCAAAGCUGAAAUUUUCAAUCAAAACAAAGUUACAGAUAAACUGGGGUACUGUAGUCUCAGCAUUCAGUCUGCAUUUUCUCGUGGCCUACCUCAUACUCCGUUGGAAUACGGGAAAAUGGCUAUUUCAACAUAUUGCUCAGCUUAUUGUCAAGUUUCUGGACUACGCUCAACAAGGUUGGUUAUUUCCAAUGUCGCUCAAGGUCGGGCGCACAUUUAUAAUUAGUAAUAGAACUCAAAAAAACUUUCUACUUACAAGGUUGGUUAGAGCGUCAAAAAAUUUCUGUAAAUCAUGAAAAAGCAGGUUUUCUUCUUAAAGGAACAUUAGACAAAUUUAGAAAUUGUCUCGAAACGACUAUGAUGUUCCAAAUUACUAUGAUGCAGCUGUAGAUUUUCAUAAAAAAAAAUUCGAAGAAUAUGUAAUUUUAUGGCGUUUGAACCCUGAAAAGGGCAAAAGACACCUAUUUUUAAAGGCGCAUAGCUAAAAAUAUCCCGAAGCGAAAAAUAUGUCUUUUUUCGAAGUCAUUAAUUGAUUAAUCAAUUUUUUUUAUACUGAAUAUUUUUUUUAAGGAACGGCAUUUGUAUUCGGGUUCAUCGCCACGCCGCCAAAUAUCUGCGGCCUGACCCCGGUCUUCAUUUUUACGGUACUUCUUCAUUUUAGUUCUGGGAUAAUUAAAGGCUCAUAGCUUGAUCUGAUAAAGGUCUCGAGGCGAAGAGUCAUUUUCAGUUUUCUCUCAUAUCACAGAAAAGACCUACGAAAAGCAAACAUCGUCAAAAUGAAAUAAGAGAACAUUUUCAGGCCCUCCAAACUUUGAUCUAUUUUGGUGCUGUCGUUGCUCUACUCUUCUAUUUUGGCGUUAUUCAGGUUCAUUUUUUUAUUUUCUAAUCGAAAAAAUAUUUUUCAGGCAGUUCUGAAAAGACUUUCUUGGUUCAUGAAGCUUCUAGUAGGGACCACUGGAGUGGAGUCAAUGAACGCUUGGGGGACCACUUUUCUGGGGAUGGUGAGAUCAUUUUUUCGAAAUACGUAGGAAAAUUUUGGCGAUGGUUUAUAGUAGAUAGAAUUUAAGAAUAUCACCAUGAGGGUCAAAAAAUAAGGGAGUUUUGACCACAAUUUUUUAUUUAUCUCCAGUUUUUCGAAAGACUUACUUUUGAGUAAUUUUUGUCUCGUUUCUUUAAGGAUCGAAUCCGGUUUAAAAUUGAUUUACUCCAUAAAAGAAUUAUGAUUAAUUUAUUGCAAAUCCAAAAAAAACCUUGGAAAAACAGUCAUUCCGACUGCGUCAUAAUUAUUGACUCCUGGUGGAUUAUUUGCUAUCCUUACAACCAAAAAAAGCUUAUAUAUGAUAUUCACACUCAUUCCCAUUGAAAUUCAGUAAAAAUAGCAUCACUCAAAAUUUUUCAAUGCUAAUCUGGACAUUGAAAUGAUAGAACAUUCAUACUUUUGACUGCGUCUUAAUUAUUGGCUCCGUCUAGCUUUUUAUUUAAAAAAAUUUUUUUUCCGUGUCGAACCGGAUUUUAUUUUCUUUUUGAAUUGAAUCUAUUUACAGUCAGAAGCUCCGAUAAUGUUGGCCCCAUACUUGGGAAAAGUGACGGCUUCGGAAAUGCAUGCGAUUUUGGCCAGCGGCUUCGCCUGUACCUCUGGGACCGUUUUCGCGGCUUACAUCUCUCUCGGAGCUUGUCCAGAGUGAUUUCUUACUUCAUAACUUGAUUUUCUCGGAAAUUAUCAAAUUUCGAGCUAAGAAAUUCCUUUUUAGCUACCUUCUGACGUCAUCUCUGAUGUCAGCCCCCUGUUCUCUGGGUUGUGCGAAGCUACUCUUUCCAGAAACAGAAAAGACUGAAUCAGACGAAGAAGAAUUGGAAAUUGGUCAUGGGUCAGUUUUUCACAAUAAAAUCAAAAAGAACCGGGAUAAAGUGUAAAAUGCGCUCUAUGGAUGAAAACUGCUACAGAAAAAGGUAGUUUUGAAAGUUAUCGGAAUAAAGUUAAAAUUUUCCUGCUCUUAAAAUCUCAGAAGUUUCAAACGCAGUAUUGGAGUAAUGUGACUUUUGAGCGAAAUUCUUAUAGAUUUCUGAGAAAAAGAAUGAAUUAAAGAAAAAAAGCUCAAAAUCUCAAGCAAUUUCGCUCUAGUGAUUCAAUGUAAUGUAUGUUCAAUGUAUCAACAUGCUAGACACUCCAAAAGGUUCUUGGAAAAAAAAGUUGCGACUGAAACUUGAGCAAAAAAUAGCCGCUGAGUAAUUCAAAAGUGCGCUCUACCGAUAACAACUAUUCCGAAGUUAUUCAAAAUUUUUUAAAAGUUCCUCAAAAUCGAAUGAAUAUUCAUGAUUCUAUCGAACAUCGAUAACUUGUGAAAAAAAUUCCAAAAAAAGGUAAUUUUUCUUGAAAAUUCAGUGAUUUCAUUGCAGAAAAACCGUAAGCGAUAGAUUUUCUAUAAAUCGUUUGAAUUUUUCCAGCAACAAAGGAAUCCUGGAAAGUCUAUCGGCCGGCGCGACGGCCAUGGUUCCGGUCGUUUUUUCGAUUGGCGCAAAUUUGGUGGCGGCCCUUGGAAUUCUGGGUUUUUUUGAACGACGUUGUCAAUUAUGCGGGCAGUCUACUUGGCUAUGAAAAUUGGUCUUUUUCAGGUAAUUUGAUUUGAAAAAAACAAAGCAAAGAAAAGCAUCUGGAAAGAUUCGAAAAAAACAGGGAUUUCUGAAUUUUUUUCGCAAAAUAAUUGAACAUUAUUCCAUUUUUUUAAUACUCUUCCCAGUUCAAGUUUUUUUAAAAUGAUAAGAUUUAUAAGGGGAAAAUUUUUCAGAUGAUUUUCGGCUAUAUUCUGUUUCCUGUCGCCUACUUGAUGGGCGUCACCGGGGAUAGCGAGCAAACUUUGAGGUGAAUUUCCGGAAAAAGGCCUUUUUUAACAGGUUUGAGGUCUUUUCUGAUCUAAAAACUCUACAAAAACUUCGAAAAAUCACUUUUUUCAGAGUCGCUGAGUUAAUGGGAACAAAAACGAUCGUCAACGAGUUCGUGGCUUACAAAGAAAUGGGCGAAAUGCAGACUAAAAAUCAGCUUCUGGUAACUUUAUUUUUCAAAAUUAUAGAUCGUUUCGAAUUAUUGUUCUAUCAGAAAAAUCUCAAGCUUUUUAUGGAAAGUUUUAUAACUACAUUCAAACAGACAAUCGUUUUCAAGCGAUUUUUAUGAAUUUUUUAUUUUUUGACAAUGGCGCGAAUUUUCUCAUUCAUUUUCAGCCUCGAUCGGCGAUGAUUGCGACCUACGCUCUGUGCGGUUUCUCCAACAUUUGCAGCAUGGGAAUGCAAAUCGAGACUUUAGGUAAGUAAGCCUAACUGGAUUUCUAAAGGCGCAUGGGUGGGUCUAAAAAAGGUCCUAGCGCGAAAAAGGUAGUUUAAAUCAAAUACUCAGCUUUCGAACUGCUCAGCAUGUGUUUUUGAUGAACGGAAGUGUUAAGGAACGGAGAUAAUCAAUAAAUUUAAUAAAUUAAAGUUUUUAGGAGCCCUGGCCCCGGCAAAAAAGUCGAUAAUCGUUGAUGUCGUCGUUCGGGCUCUGAUGGCCGGAGCCAUUGCUUGCUUCAUGAAUGCUACUGUUGCGGGUUGAGUCUUUAAAAUGCGGACAUUCUUUUAUUUCGAUGAUUUGCAGGGAUUCUAAUCGAUAAUCCGACGUUUUGUACUGUUGGCAGUGGCAAUAAUGGCACUUGUUUCGCGAUUCCUAGUUAA